UUUGCCUCUUGUUUGACGACAUCCGGAAUAAGGAAGUCCCUUAUUAAUUUGUACGCAGCUAGCUAGUAACACUUCCAAGGUGUGUGGCUAUAUCCUGAAUGCAUAGCAAAUAAACAAAAGCUCCAGCAGUUAUUACAACAGCUCUGCUAAUAGUCCUGCACCCGUCGUGCAAAUCGCUUGGCCUGUGACAAAAUGUCUGGUCGGGGAGGAUCCUGGUCCUUCAUAGUUGCCGCAGCGUUGACCGUAUUUCUGUUGGACGUUGUUGUUUUUGCCCAGGCCAAGAGCUUUGAGGAUGUUCGCUGCAAGUGCAUCUGCCCUCCCUACAGAAACAUCACUGGCCACAUAUAUAACCGAAAUGUCUCCCAGAAGGAUUGUAACUGCCUCCAUGUAGUGGAGCCCAUGCCGGUGCCUGGCCAUGAUGUUGAGGCUUACUGCUUGUUGUGUGAGUGCAAGUAUGAGGAACGAAGCAGCAACACCAUCAAGGUGACCAUCAUCAUUUACCUGUCUGUUGUGGGUGCACUGCUGCUUUACAUGCUGUUUCUGCUACUGGUUGAUCCUCUUAUCCGCAAACAUGACCCCUACACCCAGCCGCUGCACAAUGAGGAGGACUCUGAGGAGAUGCGUCCGCAGGUGGACAGCAGCCAGGCAAGAGGAAACACAGUGCUGGAGCGGGUCGAGGGAGCACAGCAGCGCUGGAAAAAGCAGGUCCAGGAACAACGCAAGACUGUCUUUGACCGCCACAAGAUGCUUAGUUAGACCCUUCGGCUAACCUCAAAACAGGUUUGAAAUAGGUAAUUUGACUGGGCUCAGUGCUAUUACACUGGCACCAGCUGCACUAUUAUCAGCCUUUUCAUUUGAUGUGCACUGCACACUCUGAAUUAGUAUUUCCUCACUAUAAAACAUAGAAACACUGAUCUAACAAGCAGAUUUUUUUUUUUUCAAAUUAAUUAUACGUAAUACUUCAGGGGAACUUGCAGUUCUCUGUAUGCGUGCUCUCGACUACUAGAUUUGGAAUGACUUGAAAAAAUAAGAAACUCUUUUGUCCAUUUAGCCAGACUGUGAAUAGCUUUUAAGCUUCUUUGUGAUAUUUUUUGUUUUUAGCUUCUUACUAAUAUGGUAUUAUAUUAAAGAGGUUUUCUUGUAGCAUAAUUUAUGAUGUUACCUCAAAACAGGUAAGCUUUAUGUUUGUGAAUGAUCAGUUUAGCUAAUGGGGUAGGGUGGAAAGAAUACCCUAUAUUUGCUAUUGCCAAGCAUUGCACAUAUCACAGUUUAGCACUAAUGAUAAUUUAUUUAUAUUUAAUUCUGAGUAUAUUUAGUGUCAUUUGCUAUAAAAUGUAAGUAAAGGAUUGUACAUUUUGGGCUUUGUAAUUUUAAAGCUUUGACAUUGCUACCUUUAAAAUGGCCCCAAUAUGUGCCUUUUUCUGUUUCUCUCCUUGUGUGAGUGAAUGUGUUAACACCAAACUCCAGUCCAAAAGUUGGCAAUUCACAGCUUGCCAAACAUAACACAUAGUAUGGUCUACCAAUAAAUUUUUGGCAGGUAUAUCGUCCGCCAGGUAGUAGUUGUGUUUCUGUAACUAAUAAUUUAUCAUGAAUUUAAUAGUGAACCUGAUUGGAAAACGGUUUCACCAGUGAUUAACAUUCUCUUAUUUUGCAGUAGAGUUUGAUGGAGUACGCUUUCCCAUGCACAGAGAGAAAUGGAGAAUGGGGCAUUAACAGAGCUUUAAAGCCAUCCUCAAAUGAAUCAAAUCUCUUCCACUGGAGAAUGUCCUAAAUCAGUAAAGCUGCUGAUAAUGCAGUUAAGUAUAACAGAAUCAGGAUGCCUUGUGGCUUUGAAGGGCCCUCGCAUACAUCUUUAUGUGUCAGUGAAUUCUCUUCCGCAUGCUGCUACUGAGGCUCCCUGCUGUGGAAUUUUUAAUAUGAAAGGAAAGAAAGAAAGGUAUGCUGAUUCAUAUUACCUCAUGCACAGUGCGAACUGCUGAAAUUUGUCUGUAAUGGUUUAUUUUAUCAGUGUUUUUGAUUGAUUUAAGUAUAAUUUCAUAUCACUGGUUUCAGUGUUUUGUAUUUAUAUUUCUCUCCAGCAUAAUUGGAGCAUUCCACUGCUCAUGUCUAUACAUUCAGCUUGAUGUGAAAUAAAAAAAAAAAAUUCUGAUUGAGUACAAGA